AUGACCGACAAGCUCUCGUCCAGCGUCGCAGUCGCAGCGUUGAGUGGACUUGUCGACAAGUCUCAGCUAUCAACUCGCAAGGUGGUUCGUCCGGCAACGACUCUACCGGUGCUGGGCAACACGCUGGACGUGAUUAAGAACCUUCCUAUCCGUUGUGACUGGCUGACGAGUCUCUGCCAAGAUGCUCAAGGUGAACCCGUGCUGCUGCAGUCCUUGGGGACCCCUGACACGACACUGCUGUCGACCCCUCAGGCAUUCGAAGACGUGUUCAAGAACCAGUUCGACAACUUCCCCAAGGGCCCCAAGAAGUCCGAGUACCUGUGCGAGCUGCUCCGAGAGGGGAUCUUCGCUGUGGACAAUGAGAAAUGGUACCGUCAACGCAAGACCGCGAGCAACCUGUUCACGAUGCGGGCUCUGAGGGACUCCAUGACGAGCACCAUCCAGCGUCACCUGGUGGUUCUGGACCGCAUCUUCAAUCGAGCAGCCGAGACCGACGACACUUUGGACCUGUUCCGGCUGCUCAACCGCUUCACGAUGGAGGCGUUCACGGAGAUCGGCUUUGGCGUGCACAUGAACUGGCUGGACUCGGACAAGGAGCAUCCGUUCCAGACUGCGUUCGAUCAGAGUCAACAGCUUUUGGUUCUGCGCUUCGUCCGACCCAGUUGGUUCUGGAAGGCCCAACGGAUGAUGGGGGUCGGCGCUGAGGGACAACUGCAACGAGAGCUGCACGUGAUCCACUCCACCAUCUUCGACAUCGUGGCCCAGAAUCUUCAGAAUCGAGCUAAGGGGGAGAACGAUAAAGCGGGGAUGGACAUCGUGUCGCUGUUCCUGGAUGACUUGAACAGGUCGGGCGAUGCAGACGAAAGCUGCUUCGACCCCACGUACCUGCGAGACAUCGUCGUCAACUUCAUUAUCGCUGGGCGAGAUACGACGGCGCAGGCGUUGAGCUGGUUCUUCUACUGCCUCAGUCACAACCCUCAAGUGGAGACCAAGAUCCGCAAGGAGUUACGGGCUAAGCUGCCAAGACUUUUCAGUGGAGACUGCAGUCCCUCGAUGGAUGAAGUGAGUGAGCUCACGUACGUCGAGGCUGCGUUGAGGGAGACGCUGAGGUUGUAUCCGUCUGUCCCCAUUGUCAACAAAGAAGCGGUUCAUGACACGGUGCUGUCGGACGGCACAUUUAUCGCUGCAGGGACGGUGGCUGCCCUGCCCAUGUAUGCUCUGGGGAGAAUGACGCAUUUCUGGGGCCCCGACGCCGCUGAGUUCAAGCCUGAGCGCUGGAUUGACGCGCAGGCUGGCAAAUUGAUCUCCGCCUUGGCGUUCAAGUUUGUGGCAUUCAACGCAGGACCGCGUCUGUGCCUCGGCAAGAACCUCGCCAUGCUGGAGAUGAAGCUGAUCGUCGCAUCUCUGCUGAGCAAGUACCGUGUGGAGUUGGAGCGGCCGGAGGACGUGACGUACGCCAUUUCCAAAGAUCUUCUCGUGGGGGAAUCACCGUAG